UUCGUCGAAAUGAAAUUUUUAUGUUCCUUUGACUCUCAAAUUCUUCUCUGUUAAGACAUCUUAUUUUUUUUAAAUGAAUAUUUAAAUUUAUUUUUCCGAUUUAAAAGUUAACAACCUUUUUCAAUAUCUCGAUCCUAACUUUGGAUCUCUUGCCCAUUUUAUUUUCCUGGAAAAAAAACCCUGUGUCCAAUUUUCCAUCGAACCAAACAGAAGGUUGUUUUGAAUGGGGCAACAACAAUCGAAAGACGAGUUGUUAUACAAUCAAGUGAGUUACGGCAAUACUGAAGGGAUCAAAGCUCUUCGCCGUGAAGGCGCUGGCCUUGAGUGGAUUGAUAGAGAAGGGAAAACGCCGUUGAUAUUGGCGUGUUUGAAUCCAGAGCAUUUUAAUGUAGCCAAAACGUUGAUCGAACUCGGUGCCAAUGUUAACGCCUAUCGUCCAGGUCGUCAUGCUGGGACUCCCUUGCACCAUGCAGCAAAGAGGGGCCUUGAGCAUACAGUCAAAUUACUUCUUUCCAAUGGAGCUAACCCGUUGGUGAUGAAUGAUGAUUGUCAAACACCUCUAGAUGUUGCUAGGGAGAAAAGAACUGCCAAUGUUGUGCGGGCAAUUGAGGAUCACAUAUGUUUGUUCUCUGGUUGGAUGCGGGAGUUUUACGGGCCAGCAUUUAUUGAAAUGUUUGUUCCUCAGUUGGUUUCAAGAAAAGUUUGGGUUGUUGUUCUACCAACUGGUUCCCGAAAUCAGACAAAGCCUUUCAAGUUGGAGCUGGCCAUAUAUUCCAGUUUGCAGGAUGCCCAGCCACGAACAGUUAUUGCAUUGUGGAAGGCUGAUUUGGAGGAGCCAAAGCUUAAUCAGCCUGAUCCUUCAGUGGCAAUUCUUGAUAACUCCAGCAUCUCAAGACGUGGGAGGCGGAGACGAAGUAUUUACACCUCCCGAGAGGCGAGGUGUAAGCCUGGAAUAGUUAGGCGUAUGCAUGUCUCAAGACGCAGGAGGCGAAGACGAAGUAUUUACACCUCCCGAGAGGCGAGGUGUAAGCCUGGAAUAGUUAGGCGUAUGCAUGAAACACGCAUUAAACUUGCACCUGGCAAUGAAAAUGAUCGACAGCAGCUUCUGUGGUUUUGUGAUGCAUGCAAAGGAAUUCCACAGGCAACAGGACCUGCAUUUCUGCAUAAUCCUCGGCCUCCAGCUGCUUCAGCACCUGCACCACCAGAUGCUGAGGAUUUAGAAUUAGCCAUGGCAAUCAAUGCCUCUAUCCAGUCAGCAAUCGCGGAGACACCCAAUUUUGAUUUGCAAUUGGGCAAUGAAGCUAGUUCAUCCACCAGUUGGAGUACCCUUGCAAGUAGUAGCAGUCACGGUGGUUCAGUAGCACCAACGGCAUAUCCUCCUUCAAAAGCAAGUAUCAGUGAAUGGACAAUGACUGAAGCUGGCACUGGUAGCCAUACAACCGCCAAGACCCAGAAUGAUAACAAUUCUGCUGCCCAUAUUACAGUGCAAAACUCAGAUUCAGUUCCAUCAGCUCCACCUGCUGUGAAUGAGAUCGUAGAAAAUGGUCCAAUCCAAUAUCCAUCGAUUGAUACCACUCCUAUUGAUAUGUCUUACUCAGAUGGUGAAAAGGUAGCUGCCAGUCCUGGUCAAACAAAAGAAGAUGGAGGUCCUGCUUCCUGCACAAUAUGUUUGGAUGCUCCAUGCGAGGCAGCGUGCGUUCCUUGUGGCCAUGUUGCCGGUUGCAUGUCUUGUUUGAAUGAGAUCAAAGCCAAGAAAUGGGGUUGCCCUGUAUGUCGUGCCAAGAUUGAGCAGGUCAUAAAGCUAUAUCGUGUUUGAAUUUUCACAACUGAAUUUGUGUAAGCUGUAAAUGUUUCAGUGAUUUCUGCACACUGAAGAAGUUUGUUUCUCAUUUUGUGGCACUUGGCGCUACUAGUUUUUGUAAACUAUAUACUUAAAUCAAUUUUACUAUUUCAUGUAUAAUUGCAAUAAAAAAACGUUUUUUAAGUA